ACAUGGCAGAGGCUAUGGUCAGUCUUCCCUUUACUAACUUGGAAUGGUUUCAAAUCGAAAGCAUCCUCGAUUAAGCCGAAAACCCAUUCAUCAGCAAACACAUCGGAUCGAUGUUACUCUAACCUCUGACGCUGCCCUGCCACGCAUACAGCGAGAAAUGCUCAGUAGCGGCAGUGUUUAUGGCAUAAAGAUGCAGUGGACCCCCGAGCACGCCCAGUGGGCUGAACAGCACUUUGACGUCAGCUCUACCACCCGGUCCCCGGCUCACAAAGCCGAGGCCUACCGGGGCCACCUGCAGCGCACCUACCAGUACGCCUGGGCCAAUGACGACAUCUCCGCGCUCACCGCCUCCAACCUCCUCAAGAAGUACGCCGAGAAGUACUCGGGCAUCCUGGAGGGCUCGGGCGAGAGGGCCCUGCUGGGCUCCUACCCCGACGGUGCCCCACCCGUCCCCAACGGGAGGAAGUCAGAGGGCGACUCCUGGCAGGAGGGGGUCUACCCCAUGAGCUGCGGUCCCGACGUCAUUCCGGCCAGCAAAGCCGGGGCACCGGCCGAUGUCUCCGCCGGGCUGGGGGGGUCGCCGAACCUGGCGGAGGCUGGCUACUCCAGCAGCAGCUGCGCCAGCUUGCACUCGGGGCUGGCGUCUCAGGAAUACGUGGCGGGUUACAACGGCUCCUACCUGCAGUCGGGCUACAGCGGGCAGCCCGCCCCGGCCCUGCCCUCCCCACACCCUUCCCCCCUGCACAGCGCGGGACUCCUCCAGGCGCCUCCUCCCCCUCCUCCGCCCCCUCCCCCCACGCUGGUGCCCGGCUACAACACCGGGUCCCCCAACCUCUCGGGCUACAACUACCCCCCGGCGGGGUACCACCCCCAGACUGCCGUGGCCCCCGGGUAUAGCCCUGGCGGGGCGCCCCCUCCCUCGGCAUAUUUACCGUCAGGUAUCGCCGCCCCCACCCCCCUCCCUCCCUCUACCCUCCCCGGCUACACCUACCAGUCACAUAACCUUGCACCGAUCGCACCCACACCUUUGAACAGCAGCUCGGCCAACUCUCUAAAAAGAAAAGCAUUUUACAUGACAGGGCAAGGAGACAUGGACUCCAGUUAUGGAAAUUUCAGCUACAGCCAGCAGCGCUCGACUCAGAGCCCAAUGUACCGGCCGCCAGACAGCGGCGCCUCAAACGCGGGCCGCGGAAACGGCUUUGACAGAAGUGCUGAGGCGGCGUCUUUGGCGUUUAAGCCGACGAAGCAGCUGAUGGCCUCAGAGCAGCAGAGGAAGUUCGGUGGUCAGUCGGGCAGGGCGAUGACGCCGCCGUCCUUCGCCCCGGCCAAGGGCUCCCUGGGUGGGGCCAGGUCGGGCGGCGAGGCGUUCGGGAAGUUCACGUCCCCCGUCAUGGGCGAGCACGGCGACGAGCGAGGGCAGCACCUCCCCCACGCCGCCGCUGCCGCCGCCCCCCCAGGCUCAGCUACCUCAUCUGCCCACCCCGCCGAGGAGCAGCUGAAGAACAGCGACCCCCGUCUGGUGGAGCUGGUGAUGGCUGAGAUCGUCCAGCAGCUCCCCCCGGUGGACUGGGGCGACAUCGCGGGCCUGGAGCUGGCCAAAGCCGCGGUGAAGGAGGAGGUGCUGUGGCCCAUGCUGAGGCCAGACGUGUUCGGCGGCCUGGCGGUCCUGCCUCGCAGUAUCCUCCUCUUCGGACCUCAGGGAACCGGCAGGACACUGCUGGCCCGCUGCAUCGCCAGCCAGCUGGGGGCGACCUUCCUCCGGCUCAGCGGCUCCGCCCUGGUGACCAAGUGGCUGGGGGAGGGCGAGAAGGUGGUGCAGGCCUCCUUUCUGGUGGCACGUUGCCGGCAGCCGGCCGUGGUGUUCGUCAGCGAGGUGGACGCGGUGCUGGCGGCCCAGCCGGGAGAGGACGGUCCCACCAACCGCGUCAAGAGCGAGCUCCUCAUGCAGCUGGACGCGGUGCUGACGUCCGCCGACGACCACGUCCUGGUGGUCUGCUCCACCAGCAAGCCCGAGGACAUCGACGAGUCCCUCCGACGCUACUUCAUGAAGAGGCUGUUCGUGCCGCUGCCCGACAGCACAGCCAGACACCAGAUAAUCAGCCAGCUGCUCUCACAGCACAACUACUGCCUCAGCGACAAGGAGGUUGCACUGCUGGUCCAGCGGACGGAGGGCUUCUCUGGGCUGGACGUGACCCGGCUGUGCCAGGAGGCGGUGGUGGGCCCGCUUCAUGGCGUGCCCGGCGCCGAGCUCGGACCUAUCCUGCCCGGCCAGAUCCGGCCCGUCACCUACCAGGACUUCGAGAACGCGCUUUGCAAAGUGCAGCCCAGCAUAUCGCAGAAAGAACUCGACACGUACACGGAGUGGAACAAAACAUUCGGGUGCGGUCAAUGAAAAAGAGGGACGGAGAGAGAGAGAAAGAGAGGGAGCGAGAGAAAGGAAGAUACGAGAACGGGCAGGAAAACCCGUUAGAAAGAAAGAGGGAGAAAGGACAGGAUCCUCUCACUGCGGUGGAGGAGAGCGGACGGCGGUAAC